AUGUCCUUCCUCACCUCUGUCCGCGCAACCUCGCGCUCAAGCCUUCGACCAAGCUACGCCCUCUCCUCUCUAUCCUCAUCUCCAUUCCACUCCUCAGCGAUGCGCCCUACCUUGAAGGAGUCUGACAAGAACCGCGACGACCUGCCCAAUUUCUACGAAGCGCAGAAAAAUAACCAGGUCGAGAACGCCAAGAAUGGGAAGGCGAAGUGGAAUGCUGAGCUGGCGAGUGUCAGUGAAGCAGAUGUCAAAGCGGAUCGAGGCGAGAUUGAAUCCACUGAUAAGUCCUGGCUGGAGAUGCAGGAACGGACGAAAAAUAUGCCGAAUCGCAAGGCGCCAGUGCAUAAGACGCAUUGA